AUGGCGUCCACCGUUCAAGAGCGCCCGUCAUUCUUGACGCUCACUCAGGAUACGAUCACCAUCGAAGUGGGCGAAGAGAAGAAGCCAUUCAUCGUGCACAAAGAUCUUCUCUGCUACUGGAGCAAAUACUUCGACAAAGCUCUCAACGGCCACUUCAAAGAAGGUGGCAAGGACACUAUUGCGGUUGAGGACUUCUCCCCAUCGAUUUUCGGAUGUUUUGUGCAAUGGCUUUAUGCGCAGCCUUCUAUGCCCCCAGUACCGGAGGGGGAUCCUCAGAUGAAGCAGACUGGGAAACUAGGUGGAACCCGACCAAGCAAAAAGACCAGUACUGCUACGCGGUACUCUGACAAGAAAGCGGAUCAUUCUGACAGAAUCUACAUCACGGUGAUUUUGAUGCUACUGCAUCUGUACAGCUUUGGGGAUAAGUAUGAGGCCCACGAUCUGAGAAAAGAUGCGCUCAGCAAGAUGGUAGACUAUGCGAUAGAUGGCAAACGGGUUACUAGCGCAGUAGUGGUUGCUCUCGGUGUCAAGAAUUUACCGGAUUCCUCGCCGUGCUACAAGUACUUCGUCGAUGAGUACGCUUUUGUCUGGACUCCAAAGACGGAGAGCGCGGAUGUCAUCAAGGACUCUCGUCAGACCUUACCGGCUGGCUUCCUUUUCGAUGUCCUGCUGGCCAGCGCCGGAGGGGAAGAGACGCCAGACGACUUGGACGAUCCAUGCCGGUACCACAAGCAUGAGACUUCGAAAGAGGUCGACCACUGCCGUAUGCAGCAUCCCCAAAGGAUGGUUGUUAUGGACGAGCUUGUCAGUGCUUGGUGCAGGGGUACUAGUCAAGACUGA